GCUAUCGAACAAUCGUACAAGUGCUUUCAAUUCCGUCCACCGUUGCGAAGAACGAAUCAAAUUCAUUUUGAAGAGUUGGUUGCAUUAGUUUAGGUCCUCGGAGAAGGUGGUUAAAUGAUGCUGAAGUUAUUUUGUUGAUGCCACUACUCUAGAACCAGAAAGAACCAACAUUCACAUCCCCUCCAAGUACAUACCAAUUGAGAUAGCUAUCUAGCUAUCGCCACAUCACGUAGGAAAAUGUCGUCUGAUUCGAAUUCAGCAUCGGUUCGAGUCGAUGGCAAAGGUGAUACCAUCGAGGCUUCAACGAGAAGCCAAGAAAAAGAACCUUUGGCGAACUCGGUGUCAUCUCUCUCGGUAGUGAGCGCUCCUCCCAUUGCUGCUGUGACUACUACAGGACAGAGUCCGACACACAUUCCAUCUUAUUCUUUUUCCAACAACGCGGGCAAAAAUCCCAACGAAGCAAGUUCUCUCGACUUUAUUGGAAACAGUAGUGCCGUCAAGAAAUUGUUCUCCAUGUCUAUCGAUGCCGCUAUGGGACCGGGGGCUCUGACGGCGAACCAGAGCAAGAAGAGAAAGCCGUCUUUGCUCGCUGUGCAUAAUUUCAACGGCACCCUCAUCCUCGACGAUGCCGAGGACGAAUCAAACUACGAGGUAUAUUCCGAGAGAAACCACACGGGAGGAGGAGCGAAUCCGGCAGCAACCGAAACGUCAGAAAAUACAUUCCUGCCACCGUCGAGCCGUUCACUCGCCCUGGCUCUUUCUCCAGCAUCGGCUGGAGAGGAUGCGGCCGAGCAGCAGGACUAUCGGGAACAAUCGGAUGCCCUAUCGUUGCUUUCCAACAUCGUUGGGCCAUCGUCCGCUCUAACUACGAUGAAAGAGUCCGUGCGGCCCGUUCGCCACGAAUCCGUUGAGAGCUCCGAGACGGAAACAGCCUUGCUUGCUCCACCAAAGCCUCCCAGGGAAUACAUUCGUUGGAAAUUCCAGGACAUGAAUCUGCUUUUGGGUCACGAUGCCUUAAUUGUUCGGCCUACACCCGGCACCGGUACAGCACAUCGGGGGGGAUCGUCCACACAGGGGGCAAUGAGUGGCAUCACGGUGCGGGUCGAAGACGCGGAAUUCCUUCGGGACUUGUUUGACGCCUUCCAGCGACAGCAGAAAAAUUUCUUGGACAACAGCAAAAACCAACUGUCGUACGCACAGGCUUUGCUGCAGAAGGGCGAACCUGAGCCUGUAUCCUCUACUGUCGAAAUCACGAAUACUAAUGGCAACGAUUUCGACCGGGGAGCUUUUGACGCAAAAGAAGAUGGAGGGAUUCAAGAACAAUUUUCAUCGACGCGGAUGCAUGUGGACGCUAGCCAUAGUAGUGGUUUCAAUCCUCCCGAAACAGGCAAGGGCGAAGAAACACACGAGUCGAAGAAAAAAUCCAACGAGUCCUUCUCCGAAGUACCCCUCCAAACAUGCAUUGUUCCCUUUUCCGGACCUUUGGGCGGUAGACUUUCCCCGCAGAACUCGCCAAUCACCGGUCCAUCUGUGGAUGCAUCAACCAAAAGCCCACCACCAAGUGUUGCCUCUACCUUUGGAAACUCCUCUCCCGCAAUAUCCAUCGUAUUGGAUGCCUAUCUCGAUAAUCUCAUGGCAAACGUGCCACAGCUGGCCCUGUGUCUCCAAGAAAAGGGAUUGGUGCAGAGCAUCAAGCUUCUCCCGACCGAAGAAAUUCCUUCGAAAAUGUUCCAUCCAUCCACCCUAGACACCAGUCGUCCGGUAGAUUUUUUGGCGUCUUCCAAUAGCAGCCGCCUGGGCAAAACAAACGUGCAGUCUAGCACUAGUAGCCACCCCCUGCCCCAAGAGGAAGAAUUCUUUUCUCCACAAAUAAUGGAAAUGAAUGCAAGCGCCCUUCUUCGAUUUCUAAAGACCCAUUGUACCCAGAACAACUCGACAUAUCUCCUACGGCGUGAAUGGCCCGCCACGGAAGAAAACCCCGGUGGAGGCAGUGGAGAUGAAGGCGGGAGUAGCUCACAGCCACUGCAGAAUAUCCACCUAUACGACAUUUCCGCUAUUUCCACGCAGAAACAAAAGAAAUGGAUAUGGUGGCUAGCCACGAUGUCGUAUAGAUUUGCCUUGCGGUUGCGACACUUGGAAUCUUCAUCGACUUCGUCGUCAUCCCAAUCACCCGCGCAUGUCGGCCUUUCGGAAUCCCAGAAACGCGCGAUUCGAGAUCGGCAGCGGAGCCUAUUCCAGCAAACUCUUGACCUUUUGCAGGACCUUAUGGAUAUCGAUGGUAACGCACACGAGUCGAUGGUAGCCUCGGUCCGAGAGCACAUGGCAGAUACAUAUUUAAGUAGCGCAGCAGUCGGUGGAGAUGACGACUUGGAUGAGAAUUCUCCUGUAUAUAGAGAAACCAAGGGUAAGAGAUCAUCUAUGCACUCGUCUACACCAGCAACAUCCGAAUUCUCUCCCUCUCCGCCGGUUGUAACGAUGGCCGCAUCGUCCAAAGCUUCCUCUGAAACGAGUCCUUCAUCUUCUAUUCUGCCUUCCAAUUCAAUGACAAGAUCACGAUCGUCGGAAUAUUUACCACGAGCUAUUCCAUCGCCUUCCAAUCACGAUGAUAGACAGCAUCAACCCUACGCGUCGAUUUCAAUAGAUAAAUUGAACAAAGCGCAGGACCAUCUAGUGCGAGGCAUUGAUACUCUUACUGCUGUUUUUGAAAAAGACCUAGAGAGGAGGAGAUUGCAAAAAGAAAUAGAAGCUCAGAAACAAGAGGCGAUACGAAAGAGGUCGCGUAGGAGGCAGCGGCAGCAACACAAAAAUGUGCAGGAGGCAACAUCGCUUGGCAACAAUUACGAAGAAAAUGCCGAUGAAGAGCUAAAGACAGUGUCUCCCGCCAUGUCAAUGCAACUUUUUGGAAUGAAUUUCAAGCUCGUUAAUAUAUCUUUGCGUCUUGCAGAGCAUCACUUAAGAAAUUACUAUUCCUCCAGCGCAAUGCAGGCUCUUCGAACGGCAGCUCGCCGACUCAAGGACGCAGCACAUUUACUGGACUUCUAUAAGAUGGAGACCGAAAAGAAUAUCGAUGGAAGUGGAGAAGACAAGCUAGACGACAAAACACAACAAGAACCACUUCAACUGCAGUAUAUUUGGCUGCUUGAGCAUUGCGGACAUUUUGCUCGAUCUUUCGCUUCUGAUGAAUUAUGGAGAGAUCGGGGCCACGCUUCCGGGGAAGAUGUAAUUUCUGUUUUGAACGAUGUUGAAAAUGCAUUUGUUGAAAAUGAUGGAAUUUUUGGAGCCAAAAGACGAGAAAAUCAAUUUUGGCGUAUGGUGCAACUAGAUGUUCUGCUGAAAACAUCUAAAGGAAGGAUCAGUCUGCAAUCAUUAUCAGGUGUUGUUGCUCCGCCAAAUGUUGGUUCAAAGCAAGCAGAGGAGGCAAUUGUAAGAGCGGAGAGUGUUUUACAGAAGGAACGAGUUAUACGACGCGAAAGAAGAAAGGUCUUGGUAGCAUCAUGUGUAUCUUAUAGUAGGGCCAUUACUGCCUUUGAAUUUAUCAUGCCAAGCGACCCGGCAUACGAUAAAAUGGUUCUGCUCAAUUUACUGCAACAGCGUCUCGGAGAUGCUUGCAAUGAAACUGGAAAAGUCUUACUAGCCGCACUCCGGGAACUUCUAGUGAUUAAUCAGGGCGGCAAAAAGAAUGACGGAUCUCAGCUGGCAGCGGAAGCCCUGCUUUGCUCCGCCGAAUUCUGGUUCACCCAAGGGCUCGAUGCCUUUGAAGCGUGCGGCGACACUCGAAACCUAGCAUUAUUGAGGUGCAAUCUGUGCCAGUCUUACAAGCUACGGGCAAAUUCUGGGUUUUCAAAGGGUGAUGCUUCGUCUUCGUCGAAGCACGCCGAAGACUGUCUUCAAAACGCUGCCGAUCAGCUUCUUACGGCACACAUCGAUCUUGGCGAACGCGACGUGGACCCGCAGACAUGGGACAUGGUCAGUGAGGAGCUGGCGGCUACAUUUUUAGUGCUCGGAGUUCGUCGACGACAAUCUUUGCUCGGUAGCGGGAAUGCACCGGUUAUUUUUCAGGUCAUGCGGCUUUCUCCCGGCCAAGAACGCUCCAUCGUGGACCCAAUGGAGCGGGCCCUGAAAAUAUACGAGCAGUCGGACAACUCGCACCAAGCGGCGGCCGUGCACUACCAACUCGCCCUAACGUAUUCAAAGCUAUGGACAUGCCAGUUGAACGAAAGCAAUACCCGAAAAAAAUUGUCCAAGGCCUUUGAACACUAUAGCUCGGCGUUCGUUUACUUCUCGAACCACUCUCAGGGCAACGAACCAACCUUUUGUUUGCUCUGCCUGGAUUUGGCGAGCCUCUACGCCGCGAUCCCCGGGGAAGAGGGUAUUAUCAAGUCUCUCGGGUGUUGCCUCGAUUGCUGCGAUACGUUUUCGAUGGAAGCCAUCAAGGCCAGCACCGCCCUGGCAUCUUCCACGGCAAAGUCGAAGGCCGACUGGUACGAAAAGAUGGAGACCAUUGCCAAAUCCGUGGACGACCGAGUGUUCAAGCUGCUCAAAAGCUUGUACAAAAUCGAUUCGGUUCGUUACAACGACCUCUACCGCGAGGGCCUGACGGCCAAGAUGGUCCGCAGCGUUCCCGAGGACGAUGAACUGGACAUGAAUCCAAAAUCGGCUGCCUUGCUGGCUCUCCACAACGUCUUGCUAGUUAUCAAGAAGAGCUACGGAAUUCUCGUUUCCAAACAAUAGUACAGGUAAUUACGCAUUCGACUCAAACCCAGCUAUCCUGGGAAUUUAAUGAAUUGCAAAGGUUCUU